CCAACAUCUUUGCUCUUUAGUAAAGCAUUGUGUGACUAAAAGGUCAAUUGUACCCUACAGGUAUACCCAAAUUAAUGCUCAUGUCAAAUAUGAUAUGAACUCUCUUUCAAUCUUCAUCCCUCUCGACUUCUUCUCAAACUACCCACAAUUCCAUUACAUUUUCUGUUGAAUUUAAAUAGUGGGUUGCUCAAAUUCAAAAGUCAAAUUGCACGAAACAUCUCAGAGCAGAAAUUUUCUCUCGGACAAUUCAUCCACUGUUGAUUAAGGAAUUACUCAACCCUGCUUAAUUGGUAAACGUUACGUCGUUUUUGGCUUACGAAGAUGAACCCUCCAAACCCGAUAAGCAGCUCCUUUGCUAUGCCAGAUGUCACUGUGAAGAGAAAGCGAGGUCGUCCUAGGAAAGAUCGGAGUCAAAUCCCUGUGAAAAGUACUUUUGUACCACAUCACAUGGAUCAAAACCAACACCAUGGCGGAGGUGAAAGUGCGCCUAUUCCUCCUGGAUUUGAAGAAGUAAAUGGGAGUCAACAACCACCGCCAGUUGAUACAAUCAACAACAGUAAAGAGGAUUCAGCGGUUGGCCAAUUAGUCACCGGUGUUAUUGAGGCGACAUUUGAUGCUGGUUAUUUGCUUUCUGUUCGUAUUGGUGAUUCUGAAACGAGCCUUAGGGGGGUUGUAUUCAAGCCAGGACACUAUGUUCCUGUUUCUGCUGAAAAUGAUGUGGCCCCAAGUUUGCAAAUGAUCCAAAGAAAUGAAGUGCCUUUUCCAUCGGGCAAUCAAGGUCGUAAACGUCGAGGAAAAGAGAAAAUUGACCACAAUUCUAAUCAAUUGGCUAAGGCUCGAGCUUCACAAUUGUCUAUAGUGCCCGUGCAACCGUCCCACUUUGUUGGAGAAAGAGGUACUGUCGUACCGGUUAUUUUGCAGCCAGUGAGCUUGUCAAAUGGUGUAAUCCCUUCUGUCGUAUCACCUCCCACUAUUUCUCAACCUGCUCACUUGGCAGCCUGCAAAAGUAUACCGCCUUCUUUGAUCCAGGAAGCCACACCCAAAGGAUCUCAAACAGACGGUGGUUCCGCUCCUCAAGUGUGCGAUGACCUUGUUAGUGCUGCCAAGAAAAUACCACCGGUGUCUGCAGAAACAUGUAAUGAUAGUGGACAGUCGAGCAAAGUGUUGCCAAAUGUUUUGGCUCUUACAGAAGAACAAGUCCAUGACUUGAGCAAGCCUCUGUUGGUUAAGCCCCUUCAAGCCAUUCAGAAUGCGUCAAUGCCACACACAUUUCCUGACAGAAGAACCGGCAAGAUGACAGAGCUUCUGAUGGCUGUACAAGAAAAUCUUAUGGAAUGGCAGACGGCUGAGAGUCACCAUCAAGACAUCAAGGGCCAAGAAAACUGACCGAACACAGAACAAACUUGGAAAUUCAUUUUUGACGAAGGAUGAAAAUUUGGCCAGUGUCAACAUUGUCCCAUCACCCGCCAUUUCAUACAGGAGGACCAAGCAAAAAUCUCGCUGCCGAUUAGAUGUAUAAGACCGAGUAGGUUUGAUAGGAAGAUCACCUAGAUGAUGUGCACAAAUUUUCCAAGCUACUUGAGUCCACUAUGCUGUUGAAGCCAAAGGUACCGUCGUUGUGCUCAUAUUUUGUGUGGCUCGAGUUUUUUCAUAUGUUGUAUGUGUUCUAUGAACUGUUUGAAUUUGUUAAUCAAUAACUCUUAACAAACAAUUGUCUACUUUAAGUACAUGGUUUUCUGUUA